GAGCUUUUACAUUUGGAUGUUGGCUGGUGAUAACUUUUAUGUGUAAGCCUGGCAACUGGAGACUUGCUUCACCCAGCCCUGCAGUGGUGGCCAGACUCCUUACCUGUGCCUGAACCCUGUCCUGGGAUCCUGGCUCUUCUCUGUCUUUGGAGCUGUUGUCUUCGGGGUGCCAUUUCUCCCUCAGGGGGCAUGUCACUGACUCCAGCCAGAACAGAAGAAGCAGAGCGCAGAGAGUACCUGCUCCGAACAUCCUGAGAGACCCUGGUGAGGCUGCGACUGCCUACUUCUUGGGAGAUGCUGGCUGCCAGGAGGCCGAGGAGCCCUUUGUUUUGAGGUGGGACAGCAGGAUUUCAGCAGGACAGCUUCUUCAUUCCUGACCUCACCAUGGCUUCAGCUCUCUGGCUGGACGGCUGAUGUGACUGUGUGCCCCACAUGCUGUUGGACUGUGCGCCAUCCAGGUAGUGCCUGCUCACAGGGUGUGGGAGCACAGCCGGCGGGCAUCAGAUGCUCCCCCAAGUUGGACCAGCAGAGUGAUGGACUUGGACAGGCUAAGAUGGAAGUGACCUGAGGCCUUGCCCGGGCGGUUUCUUCACAACAGGACUAGUUAAGAAUUGAAACACAGGCUUGUCUGGGGAGCAGUAUGCCGGAAGCUGGUUUUCAGGCCACAAAUGCGUUCACAGAGUGCAAAUUCACCUGCACCAGCGGCAAAUGCUUGUAUCUCGGUUCACUGGUCUGUAACCAACAGGACGACUGUGGGGACAACAGCGACGAAGAGAGCUGUCUCCUGGUGACUGAGCACCCACCUCCAGGCAUCUUCAACUCGGAGCUGGAGUUCGCCCAGGUCCUCAUCAUCGUCGUGGUGGUCACCGUGAUGGUGGUGGUCGUCGUCUGCCUACUGAACCACUACAAAGUCUCCACACGUUCCUUCAUCAAUCGUCCCAACCAGAGCCGGAGACAAGAAGACGGCCUGCAGCCGGAAGGGUGUCUGUGGCCUUCUGACAGCUCCGUGCAGCGGCCAGGGGCUUCAGAGAUCAUGUGUACCCCACGGGGCAGGGAUAGGUUUACCACCCCAUCCUUCAUCCAGCGGGAUCCGUUCAGUCGUUUCCAGCCCACCUACCCCUACGUGCAGCACGAGAUUGACUUGCCUCCUACCAUCUCCCUGUCAGAUGGGGAAGAGCCGCCUCCUUACCAGGGACCCUGCACCCUACAGCUCCGGGACCCAGAGCAGCAGAUGGAACUCAACCGAGAGUCCGUGAGGGCCCCACCCAACCGAACCGUGUUUGACAGUGACUUGAUAGACAUUUCUAUGUACAACGGGGGACCAUGCCCACCAAGCAGCCACUCGGGCAUCAGUGCAGCUACCUGUAGCAGUAACGGGAGGAUGGAGGGGCCACCCCCUACCUACAGCGAGGUGAUGGGCCACUACCCAGGCACCUCAUUCUUCCAUCACCAGCAUAGCAACGCACACAGGGGCAGCAGACCACAGUUUCAGUCGAACAACUCAGAGGGCACAAUAGUACCCAUCAAGGGCAAAGACAGGAAGCCUGGGAACCUGGUCUGAGUCCCUUCAGAGCGCACUUUGCUAGGAGAGAGAAACCUCGGCAGGGAGAGAGAGGCCCGCUGGCCCCCCUGCCACAGUGUUGUCCGGCUUUACGUCGUACAGCUGAGUAAAACCAAAUGUGCAAACACGGUCUUCGUUUCUGAUUCCUAUCCUGGGAAUUGCAUGCAAACAAGACUGAGACAAUACAAACCUGCAUCGGUUUGGCCACAAACAGUGUUCAUCUUGGGGGCAGGGGUGGAGACGGGGCUAGAGAUGGUAUGAGCUUGGCAAAGGGCGUACCAAGGAACCCGAGGAGGCUUGGAAGACUUCAUGAAAGUAAGACCCAUAAAGGUAUUUUUGACCUAUUUAAUUCCAAAAGGAGACUGCAGAUAAAUGAGGCCAGAAUGGCCUGUUUUUUUUAUAAUUAACUGAAUAAAGAAGGAAGAAUUAUUAUAUAUUAUCACGGGGAAGAAUCAGUCAGUUUGCUUUUUCUCCAAAGGUGUGAAACUUUUAUUUUGUUUUAAAAAUAUGAGUCAAAACUCCUGUUUUGUGUGCCAAGGUAUAAAGUGGAUAGAGGAGCGAGAGGAAAUAAUUUCUGUUGAUGGUAUGCUUUAAGAGUUGCACUAUCGUAAUGUUUAAAAUAUGGACGAGGGAACCUAUGUUGUGUGAAGGUCUGUAUGUUGUCUUGUCACUUAUGGGUGGCUAUUAUACCCAAGGAACAUCCUUGAGAGUCCUACAGAGUCAUACGAGAAAGGGUUUGGGGAAUGUGCCCUGGUGUUUACUGAGUUCCACGCAUUUAACAAGGGGCAUGCUGCAAGGAUCUGCAGCCAGCAGUGCACUACUGCAGUUAUUUGGAGAGGCAGGUGGAAACACCUGCACUGCGCAUCAAGUGUCAUACAGAGCUAGCCUUAUUCCCAGCAGCGUCAGCAAUUUAGACUGUUUUCACUGUAGCAUGAAGUAUAUUCAGAUACAUACCUUAUUUUAUGCAAUAAAUUGUUUAAAAUGCAA